CUUCGUCCUCUAUUAAAUGCCAUGCCCUCUGCUCUCUCCUCUCUCUCUCCAACCCCAUUUAUGCACUUUCUCUUUCUAAAACCAAAUCUACUCCUUCAAACUCAUUCUGCUUAAACAUUCACCUGCAUUUCUCUCUCUCUCUCUCUCUCUCUCUCUCUAUAUAUAUAUAUAUAUUUGUAUGCUGCUAGUUGAAGAACACAUACUGUGCUUUGGGGGAAAGAGCUUCAUUUGAUAAGAAGGCCAUUUUUAGAAUCUGCAAGGAUAAUGAUGAUGAUGAGAAGAAGACUAGCUUGUUGCACCCGUGACAGAGGGAUUAGCUUGGAUUUCGAUGAGCAAGAAAGGAUUAUGACAUAUGAUGGCCUUGAAAAUUGCAUCAUUAGUCAAUAUGAAAACGAAAGCAGAAGCAGAAGAGAUGAGUGUGGAACUGAUUCAUUUGAUGACGAUGAUGGGUCUAGCUGUUCUUCUAGCAAAGAUGCAUUUGGUUCAUUCUCUUCAAAAUGGUUUUCUAUGAAGAGGGAUGAACAUGGUUCGGAUGAGUGGGAGCUGUCAGAUAGCUCACCCCAGCGUUACUAUGUCAAAGAGAAACCGUCUUAUGCUCUUCAGUUCUCUGAUGUCGAUGUAAUGAAAGAGAAAUUUGCAAAGCUUUUAUUAGGUGAAGAUGUUACUGGAGGCCGCAAGGGCAUCAGCACUGCUUUAGCAUUGUCUAAUUCCAUCACAAAUUUAGCAGCGACGGUUUUUGGAGAGUUAUGGAAAUUAGAACCUUUGCCUGAAGAAAGGAAGAGUAAAUGGAGAAGAGAAAUGGACUGGUUGCUGUCUCCUACUAACUAUAUGGUUGAGUUGGUUCCUGCUAAACAAAAUGGUGCCAACGGUCGGACACUAGAGAUAAUGACCCCGAAAGCCCGUGCAGACAUCCAUAUGAAUCUUCCAGCACUCCAGAAGUUGGACUCCUUGCUUAUUGAGACGCUUGAUUCUAUGGUGAGUACUGAGUUUUGGUAUGCAGAAGGUGGGAGCCGUGCAGAAGGAAGGAGCAAAAGUGGUGCAAACCAGAGCAAAAGAUGGUGGCUUCCCAUACCCCAGGUACCAGCAUCUGGGCUUUCUGAUUCAGCAAGAAAGAAGUUGCUUAAUCAGGGUAUGUUAGUUCAUCAAGUAUUCAAGGCUGCCAAAUCAAUCAAUGGAAGUGUUUUGCAUGAAAUGCCUGUGCCAACCAUUAUCAGGGAUGCAAUUCCCAAGUCAGGAAAGGCCAAUCUCACUGAGGAACUGUACAAAAUCUUGACUGCAGAAUCGAAGUCGGUGGAGGAAAUGCUUAGUGUCCUUGAACUAAAAUCCGAACACAAUGCCCUUGAGGUCAUUAACAGAUUGGAAGCUGCUGUAUUUUCAUGGAAAGAAAGAAUCACAGAACAUGUUAGUGGUAAAUCCCCAGUUAGAACAUCAUGGUCCUUCAUCAAGGACCCAUUAACUGAGUUGGAGAGGAUGGAGCUACUAUCCGACCGAGCAGAGUUCCUUCUACAGCAGCUGAAGACCAGAUUCCCAAACCUUCCACAAACAUUCCUUGACGUCACAAAAGUCCAAUAUGGCAAGGAUGUUGGGAACUCAAUUCUUGAAGCAUAUUCCCGGGUUCUUGGGAACUUAGCUUUCACUAUACUAUCUAGAAUUGGAGACAUCUUGCAAGAAGAUACAUUGAGCAAUCCUACUUCUCCUGCAUCAACAUGUUUGUUUCCUGGGAUUAAUGUCGCUAAUAACUUGGGGACAAGUCCAAUGCCUGGUGUACACACAAGACAUGAACAGAUUAAUACGAAGAGCAGUGUCAAUUCCCGGCGUUGUGAUUCCACUUCAAGUAGUACUUCUGAUUUAGAAUCUUCGUAUGGCACUGGGAAAACAAGCCCUGUCAUGGCAACACCAAGUCGGGGUCGAGUUUGGUGUAUUGGAAGAGAGGCUUGUAUAAGUGUCUCCCCUGGAAAUUCCCCUUGACUAAAAAUGGUGUUUAAAGCAAGCUAUGUCGCUGUAAAUUUUUGAUGUUAUAUACCUAUUUUGAUCAAGUCAAUUUUGUUUUGGCUAUUCUAAUUUA